CCCACAGCCGCCGUCGUCACUCCAGUUACAAGCCGGUCAUCAUGCGGCCAGUUGGAGAAUUUUGAAUUUCACGCGGUUAGAUCAACCCGAGGAACACCUGCGGGAUCUCACUGGAUCUCCGUCUCCUCGUCUCAGCUCGAAGCCGAUCAUCAUGCUGCCGGUUUACAUUUCAGUGUGAUUCAGAACCCAUGUUUUUUUUUAGAAGAGCAGCUUGUUUCUUCUUUGUGACUUGUUAGCCCAAGCACACUAUACUGGGCCAGAUGUUUUUUUCCCGAUAGAAUGGGUCCAAUGCAGCCCAUCCAAACAGUGAAAAGCUGAGGUGGGUAGUCAGUCAGCGCACGAUUCGUCAAAGCGAGUUUUCCCUGGAGAAAACUCUCGCCGCUGCGAGUUCCCGAAAAGCGAAGCGACCACCACACCCCUCGCCGGAGAUGCCGCCGGGGACCUCUCCGCCGCCGACGGAGACGUGGACAUGGGAGAACGCCGUCGCCGGAGCGACCGCCGGCUUCGCCACCGUCGCGACCUUCCACCCGCUCGACGUCGUCCGGACCCGCUUCCAAGUGAGCGGCGGGAGAGGGUUGUCCGACUUGCCGCCGUACAGGAACACGGGACACGCUGUGUACACCAUCGCACGAUCUGAGGGCCUGAGGGGACUCUAUGCCGGCUUUUAUCCUGCAGUUCUGGGAUCAACCGUUUCUUGGGGACUAUAUUUCUAUUUUUAUAACAGAGCUAAACAAAGAUACUUGCAGGAGAAGGAUGUUCAGCUCCGUCCAUUCGAUCAUCUUGCCUCAGCUGCAGAAGCAGGUGCUUUGGUUUGCCUGUUUACCAAUCCCAUAUGGCUGGUGAAAACACGGAUGCAACUACAAACGCCCGGGCACACUUCAUCUUAUUCUGGAUUUUCUGAUGCUUUGAGAACUAUUCUGAAAGAGGAGGGAUGGCGAGCACUUUAUAGAGGGAUCGGGCCUGGACUUUUGCUGGUCACCCAUGGCGCCAUACAAUUCACGGCCUAUGAGGAACUUCGCAAGGCUAUGAUAUUUGCCAGAAGUAAACAAACAAGGGGAGAUGACAAAGGCAGCGAGGAUUUAUUGAAUUCCGUUGAUUAUGCGGCACUUGGCGCUGGUUCAAAAUUAUCUGCCAUUCUGCUUACUUAUCCUUAUCAGGUUAUCCGAGCCCGCUUGCAGCAACGGCCUGGUAGUGAUGGUAUCCCAAAGUACUCAGACAGUUGGCAUGUAGUGAAGGAAACUGCAAGGUACGAAGGUGUCCGUGGGUUUUACAGGGGCAUCACGUCCAACCUGUUGAAGAACCUUCCAGCGGCUUCUGUGACGUUUGUGGUGUAUGAAAAUGUUAUCAAACUAUUCAGAGCAGCCAAGGAAAAGACGUAGUUCCAACUUUCAACUGGAGCCAGGAGAAACAUAGGAGGAAAUAGGAAAGAUACUACUGUUCCAUGCAAAUACAUAAUCUGUUCAUUCACCACACCAUGCGAGCUCGACGAGAUGUUCCAUCACAUUUCCCAGUUCAGCUCUUAUUCAUUUAACACAAACGGGAUUUAGUUUGGCGAACUUGUUUU